AUGGGUGGGUGUAUGGGAUUCAUGUCACGGAAGGAAGGAAGAAUGGGUGUAGCCUGGGAAGGAAAGGAAGAAGAAAAGGGGAAGAAAGAAGGAAACAUGAAGAAAAAAAAAGAGAAACAGACUUGCGAAGCAAAAGAAGAAGAAAAGAGGAGGAAAGAGAGAAAAGGAGAAAAAGAAGAAAAAAAGAAAGAAAAAAGAAAGGAGAUAAGAUAG